CUCGAAAGCUAUCUCAAACCCUGUGAUCGAUCUCAAUAUCACGAGGCACUGCAACUCAAAACCAUUGGGCAAAGAUCGGGCGUGAUCUGACUCCCAGUUAUUGAUUUCCCACUUACUAUCGUCCGUCCGCUCAUUAAGAUCAAACUUUAAUCUACUUUCUUUUUUCGUAGCCUCGUCUGUUCUCAAGGGAUAAUAAUCAUGUCCAAGACUACUCUCGCUACUAUGGCCUGCCUAGGCGCAGGAGGUGGUGCUGCUAUCACUGCCGCCAUUUACUCCAUUCGAGGCGGUAAACGUGUCGAGGAGACCAAUACUCUAGCUACGCCUCCUCCAACAACCUCAAACUCUUUCGCCGCUCUUCCUGCUCCCACCGCCUCUCCCGCUGUUCCUCCCGCCCAAGUCUUCGGGCCUCCAGCCACUGCGCCGUCCGGCUUGCCAAUCGACCCCAGCGCAAUCGUCAACCCCGGGGGUCUUUUCGAGUACGGCUUUCCAGGCCCUAUCGCCGAUGUCGCUAAUCGCUCUGGCCUUGUCUCCUCCUACGAUCGUCGUACACGAAACCCUCACUGGGUCGUCGAACAUAUCACACCUGCUUCUCUUGCCAUUCGCGAUGGUGAUCGAAAGCACAGCAGCUUUCUUGAGGAUGACUCUGUGCCACAAAAGUUCCGGGCUCUGUUGAAGGACUACUACCGCAGUGGUUAUGACCGUGGUCAUCAAGUUCCUGCUGCCGACUGCAAAUGGUCUCAGAAGGCCAUGGAUGACACAUUCUACCUUACAAACAUGUGCCCUCAGGUCGGUGACGGCUUCAACCGUGACUACUGGGCUCACUUUGAGGACUUCUGCCGUCGUUUGACAGUCAAGUAUCCCUCAGUUCGCAUCGUCACAGGCCCUCUCUAUCUUCCCAAGAAGGAGGCCGAUGGCAAGUGGUACGUCAAGUACGAGAUGAUCGGCACUCCUCCUUCAGUUGCUGUGCCCACGCACUUCUACAAGGUGAUCUUUGCUGAGGACGGUCGCGUUGGUGGGAACGUUGCACUGGGGGCUUUCGUUCUCCCUAACGCUCCCAUUGCUAACUCAAAGCCUAUCACCGAUUUCGAGGUUCCUCUCGAGGCUGUUGAGCGUGCUAGUGGCCUUGAGUUUGCUACUAAGCUACCUCCCCAGAGAAGACGACGUCUGUGUUCUGACCACACCUGUGCUCUUGUGAUCCGAGACUUCGCGGAUAAGCAAAAGGCUUUCCCUAAGAAAUAAAAGGCUAGCAAGCAUUUGUAGAGUGGGAAAGGGAACAUUGGUCUCUGCAUACGGGGAAUGAAUAAGCAUGAGAUGCUCUAUGGUUAGCUCUCAACGGAUUUAUAACAUACACGACUGCGUAUGAGAGCGUCACAGUUAUGUUACAUGUUUUGGCAUUUAGAAUUAUAUGCACCACCGAUAGCAUGUGCAUUUUGCCUAUGGGCUCAAAUGAAUGAUGGGUAUACAAAAGUUUUCGAUUGAUAU